CAAGAUGGCGGCGUCCAUAACUGCGUAUAUCCUUUGUUGAAGAAAUAGCAAUGCACAUGGGUGAGCCAAUCACACGAGUCAUCUAUGUACAGCCACCAAUCAGCAGCUACUGAGCCUAUCUGGAUAUGCUUUUCAGGAAAGAAUAUUAAGAGAAUGAAGCAAAUUAGAUAAUAGAACUAUAUGGGGAACAUUACUGUGGAUCCCAAGGGGUUUAACUUCAUCUGGCAGCACCCUUUCUAAGAGCUGUAUCCACACAAGUACAGUGAUGGAGAGGAGCCGGAACUGGGAGAUGAAGAACAAGAAAGUGUAUCCCCCUCAGCUUCCUGAGGAACCUCAACGACCUGCGGAAAUCUUCCAUUGCCGCAAACAGAUAAAAUACAGCAAGGAUAAGAUGUGGUAUCUGGCCACAUUGAUACGGGGAAUGUCCAUAGAUCAAGCCAUAGCUCAGCUGGAGUUUAAUGAUAAGAAAGGAGCCAAAAUUAUGAAGGAGGUCCUUUUAGAAGCUCAAGACCUAGCUAUAAGGAAUCAUAAUGUUGAAUACAAAUCAAACCUGUAUGUGGCUAAAUCCUUUUCCAACAAGGGCAAGUACCUAAAGCGGAUUCGAUACCACGGGCGCGGCAUGUUUGGAAUUAUGGACAAGGUAUACUGCCAUUAUUAUGUCAAACUGGUAGAAGGGCCACCUCCCCCUAAAGAAGAGCCAGUAACUGGAUAUCAACAGGCAAAGGAAUAUAUUGAACAACUGAAAAACCGAACAAUCACUCACAGCUUGUGAGUCCUGCCUAUUGGAAAAAUCCCUGAAUGAAAACUAUUGCUGUAGUGUCUGCCUAUUUAUUGUACAGAACAACCAAGGACUGUAAAAUCCAUGGAUGGGAGUGGGACCCUUAAUGAUUAUGUGGAAGGCAACACAAAAAAAAUAUCUUAAUUCCAUUUGUUUCAAUAAAUUAGUAUACAUGCUUUUUUUUCA